UGAGAUUCAGUGAGAUUCUUGUCCUUCUGCAGACUGCUGUGCUCCGUGGGAGGCUUCCCAAAGUAUCUUGUGUGACCUUGGAGGAGAGCUGGUGCAUGCAAUUAGACCAUGCCCUCCAUCAGAUAUACUGGAUAUUAUUUUCUGGGAGCAUCUCUCAAAAUGGAGGAAUGCCACCCUGUAGCAAGUACAGAAUGUAUCCUGGGGAUUGUAUUUCUGCAAGUAGGGCAGGAGGUACUGGUUGAAGGACGUGGUGAAGCAGAAAAAGAGCCAAAGAGGUGCUGAGAAGGCUCUUGUACAGGGGAGGGGGAUGAGAGAAACAAACAUUGCGGAGAACAGGAAGAACGAUGUGCUGGGAAAUGAUUAAUCCACCCCAAAGGCCUUUGCUAAGAAGUGGUGGGACAAGCUCAAUGAUUUUUGGCAGCCAUGAGCUCCUUCUGCUCUGCUCUAAACUCCCGUCUUGCAACCAGAUGUGUUUAAGUACAAUUUCAUCCCACUCCUGUGCCAGACACCACAUCCCCCCACCAGUGUCCUUCACUCCAUUCCUGGCAGCUCUCUGACAAUACACCCCCUCCUAUAUGUGUAUUUUAUGGCUGUCCCGUGUCCCUCCACCCCCAGUUCUGAGAGAGAAGGAAAGAACACUCAAACAGUCACUUACCGAUCUCCACCUGAGAGAAGGCUCAGUGAGACAGAAAACAGCAGCAUGAAUGAGAGCAUCGGUGACGGAAGGUGCAGUGAUGCCAUUUCACUUCGCAUGGAUCUCUCCAAUCUUGUGACCUGGGCACACACUCAUGGGACCAUAUGCAGUUCAAUCCCAGCCUUGGAAAUUGUGCAGAACAUGGGUCAUCCUAGCAAGGAUAAUUCUGUUCUGUGGAUAUGUGGACUUGGACAUGCGUAUCACUGGCAGUGUGGAAAAUUAUACAUCAGAAGCACAGAAGAGAAUGAAGCUGGAGAAAAGAGAAAGAGGCUAGUGUCUUCUGAGGCUUCAUCAAGGGAAGCUGGUUUAGAUGAAAAGAGGCUCAGGACGACCCCAUCUUUUGAGAGUGCUAAAGCAGACGCUGUUAGCACAGGGUCUUGUAGCAGAUCUCCAGGGGUCACUCAGCAGAAAGACAACACAGUCUACAUAAUGCAUAAUGAACCAUCACCCAGAGAAAAUAAAAAAAAUAGCAAAUCCAUAAAAUCACGCUUUGCAGCAGAGCAGCAUUUGUCAAUAUCUGGUGGUGAAGUCAAAACUGAGAGACAUAAGGUGAAGCUAGAAAGCAAUGAAGAUCUACAGAUCAUCUCUGAUGAAGAACAGUGUAUAUCAAAUGAAGACGACCAAGGAGACAGAAUCAACCAGAAUAUUCUGUCAGAAUCACCAAAUAAAGGUGUAACUGCUGAGGUAGAUUUGCAAAUGCAUCACAGUCAAAAGAUGGCAAUUAACAGGCUGAGGGCUGCCCAAACAUCUGGCUUUACCCCCGCAGGAAAGCCACCCCUAACUCUUGCCUGCAUUCUAAAAUCCCCCAUCAGCAAUCAAGAGAGCCUAGACAGCAGCUUCUUGAGGUUAGGUCCUCUUAAUCCUGCAGGGUCCACAACUGAAACUUCUAGAGCAAGAAACUCCUCUGGGUCAGCAAUACCAAAAGAAUAUUUAAAAUCUGUUCACGUCUCCAACACUGAGGCAAAGGCCCAACUUGAGUCACCCGCCUCUGUGACCUUCUUUGAGUUUGAAGCCACUGUAGAUGUCCAGCAGCAACUCCAGCUGAGCCCUCCUGAGCAUGGCACAGCAGAAAUAGGCUUAAGUGGGAACACUACUGAAAACUCUAUUGAGGAGAGUGAACCGUCAGGAUCUGGGCACACACCUCAUCUUUCAGCCUCAUUGAGUCCAGAGAGCAAGAAUGCAGACCAUCCACCUGCAUCUUCAAGCAAAAGUAAGAGAGUCUGCAGUUUUAUUCUGGAGGGGUUUGUGGGUGUGUGGGUGCAUUCUAUUAAUCACUUUCCCAAAACAUUAAAGGGGGGUGAGUUCAUAUAGCUGCCAAAAUCGGUACUGUAGCAUCUAAGUAAGUGCCUCUGAUUUGGGGCACUCUUGUUUCUACUAAAAGGGACUAAAAAGGUUCUUACCUUAGCAAUCAGCACUUCAAUAGAUAAUGCCAUUCACUGAGGUACCCAACCGUGUACUUGGCUGUGGCCCAACUACCUUAACUACCCAGUUUGAAUACUUUGGUCUUUCAUUUUACUUAGUAUCACCACGUAGUAUGUUGGCUGUACUUAAGAGAGAGUCCCUGUGAGAAACUGGAGCCAGAGAUGGGAACUCAGGUCUCAAGAGAAGAAAACAAGAGGAAGUAACUUUUAAAGCAGUGAAACAGAGAAAUUGUGGCUGAAACUCUGGCCGCACCAAAGUCAAUGGCAAAAAUCCCAGAGAUUGCAAUGGGAGCAAAGUUUCAAUCCUGCAUAUUAAAUUACAUGAGCUAAACAAAUUGCUUUAGUACUUUUAAGAAUUUUAAGAUUUUCAUACACAAUGUCCUUAGAAUCCUACUGGAGUAGGGAGAGUUAUAAUUGCUCAAACAUUAACUUGCAAGAUACACUGCUUACUAGGGAACUUUCAAUACCAAGGUUAAGCCACACACAAAGCAUGGCAAUUUUAAAUUAUUCCAUAUCACAAGAAUAUGCUGUUUGACAAAGAUUUUAGAAGCCUAGCUUGUGGCUGUCUUACUCCUGCUGUAAAACAGACACCAUCUUCACAAGAAGAACAGCUGACAUACAGUGUGUGGAUACCAUCAAAAUUAUGCUAGUCUUCUACAAGUAGUGGGAAAGCCAUCAGUGAAAUAGAUUAAUUUAAUAAAUGAUCAUAUUUUAGGAUAGAUGUGUGUAAUAUACUGGAGCUUUAAUGCUAGGUACAUAUAUAUUAUUUAAUCCAAUGAUUAAACACCUCAAAUAAAAUGUAAAUGGCCAGGUUUUCAAAGAUGUUAUAGUAAAGCCACAAAAUUUGCAUCUAUAAUGAUUUGAGUGCCUGCAGGUGCUUUUUCACAUUAAUUCCAAGUAAGCUGCUGUCUAGUCAGUUCUAUGUUUUUGUCUGCUAGUAUCUAGGUGUAAACAUCGAGGCAAAUUUUAAAAAUUUAAUUCUUUUCCAUCCAGUGGCUUAAUGCUUUGGCUCUACCUAACUGCGAAGCAGCCCCCAACAGCAUGUGUUUCACUUCUGCACGCUCAGUACGAGGACCCCAUUGCAUGUUCCCUAAAACCUGUCCCAGUCCAGCCCCAUGGCCUUGUCCAUGGCAGGCCAGGCGUCCAGCCUGGCAGAGCUGCUGUGGCACUACCCUGCGCCACGCAGGAUGCUUCCUGACUGACCACAUCUCCAGAACUCCUCCGGAGCUGCAGGGCAGGGCUGUAACUACCCUGCCUCCCAUCCCACCCCCAAUACCUGUCCCACUGCACCAGAUGCUUAUACCUAUUUCUCUGCUGAAAUAAUGACCCAUCUCAACUAGCUGUAGCAUUAAAGAGCAGCAGCCUACUGCAGGUUUCUGCAGUGCAAGGCACUGGACAGUGUCCUUCGAAAGAAAAGAGGUUACUGAAACAAUAUUCUGGGGUUUGUCUGUAACUCAAGGGUGUAUGCUUAAAGCACCACUAGUAUUCCCGAAUAGACUUGGGGUUACAGACAUUUGUAUUCCUUAUGUAGCCACAACUGGUCAAACUGGCACAGUUGUUUUUUGUGAACAUUAUUUGACUAUUUUUGUAAAUGACAACAUAUAUCAUCAGAAGGGACUGGGAAUUCAACUGGGAAUGUCUGUGUAGUAGCUGUUUCUGCCAAGAUAAAUGGCUUAUGGCUCAAGCGAGGCCUCUGCGUGUAUUGAUUUACAAGCCGUUCAGCUCUUCACAUAGAGCAGUCAGUAACAAAACAAGCAAAAAAACCCAAAACAGCAGCACAGGAAUCAGUAGACUCCACCUCAGUCCAGCCAUAGCAUUUUAAGAUGAUAACUAAGCACGUACAAAAUAACUUGGUGCAAGAAGGGGAAUCUCUAGAUGUUGGCUCUAGAACCCUUUUCAAUCUACCCCUCUUCAGUCCUGGAAAAGUUACAGGCGAGCAGAUGGAGCUUUUCAGCAAUCCAAAGAAUUAAUUUCUCAUGCUACAUCGAACUAGGUAGAUGUGGU